GAUGAAUGAACACAAGUGGGUACUGAGUGCCUCCUGCUGCGGCUGUAGCCUGAGGAGCGGCACCCUCGCAAUUGGUAUACUAGGUGUGAUUGGUUGUAUCCUGAAUAUCAUCAGUGGCAUCUACUUAGGUGUGAAGGGAUUCGCUGAUGGAUGGAUAACUAUGGCAGUGAGCAUCAUUCACUUGAUCGUGAACAUCCUCCUCAUCCAAGGAGUCAAACAGGAACGACGCUCGUUUGUGAUGCUGUGGGUCUGGGUCUCGAUUAUCUGCGUGGUUCUGUACAGCAUCUUGGCUGUCGUUACCAUUAUCGUCUCACUCAAUAUCGCAUAUGCAAUCACUGUCUUCAUUGUAGUGGGUGUGAUUAUAUACUGCAUUCUGGUAGUACGCUCCUACGCCCUUUCUUUGGGAGCAACACCCACCGUGGCAUAAUUCUCUUUACAUCCUCAAAAAAGAGAAUACCAAUGGAAGGAUUGUACUGUACUCUCAUUUUCAUGUUAAGAGAGAAAUGAAAACAAGUUGUUGAAGUCCAAUUGGAAGUGUCUAGAAUGUUAUCUAACAUUUAAGCAUGAUUAAGGUUAAAUAAACUGUGUCCUGCCUCACUACAGUAUGUACUGGUUAUUUGUGAUAAAAUUACUGUACAAUAAAUCCCCAAUUUAUACGUGGGUUACGUUCUUGAUAAUCUUAAUUUACUGAAUUUGUGUGAAUCAAACUUAAAACCUCUUCUCUAAAAUAUGGUACAGCAUUUGUACAGUACUAUACCAUGUUCCAAAACCUUACGUUUUACAGAAAAUUAAAAUUUGUUAUAAGUUAUUAAAUCCUACACACUACUGAUACAAUAUACAAACACUGUACAGUACAUGGAAGAUAAACACAAGAAACAGCGAAGCAGAAAUUAAUGUUUCUAAUUUUAUUUUAUUUUUAUUUUAAUUGGGUUCAUGUUUUUCAUAAGUCAUGUACAAUAAAUAUUUAGUAAUUUAUAUAGAAUGGAGGAUGCAUUUAAUUUUUUUUUU